CUCGCCUGCCCGCAGCGCCAGCCCAGCCCAGCCGGCUCGCUCUGCUGCGGGGAGAGCCAGCCAGCCGUCGCCCUCGCCGCUUUCCCCACGCCAUGGAUUUCAACAUGAAGAAACUGGCCUCGGAUGCGGGAAUCUUCUUCACCCGGGCGGUGCAGUUCACAGAGGAGAAACUUGGUCAGGCCGAGAAGACUGAAUUAGACGCUCAUUUUGAGAACCUCUUGGCUCGCGCAGACACCACCAAAAAUUGGACAGAGAAGAUCUUACGACAGACAGAAGUCCUGCUCCAACCGAAUCCCAGUGCCCGAGUUGAAGAGUUCCUCUAUGAGAAGCUUGACCGGAAGGUCCCGUCUCGGGUCACCAAUGGGGAACUUCUGGCUCAGUACAUGAUGGAAGCGGCCAGCGACUUCGGCGCCACCACUCCAUACGGCAAAACCCUCAUCAAAGUUGGCGAAACCGAGCGGCGUCUGGGAGGAGCUGAGCGGGACUUCAUUCACGCGGCUUCCAUCAAUUUCCUGACUCCUCUGCGCAACUUCCUGGAAGGAGACUGGAGAACCAUUUCGAAAGAACGACGGAUCCUGGAAAACCGUCGGCUGGACCUGGACGCUUGCAAAGCUCGGCUGAAGAAAGCGAAGGCCGCGGAGGCGAAAGCCGCGGCCGUGCCCGACUUUCAAGAGACUAGACCGCGUAAUUACAUUCUCUCCGCCAGUGCAGCCGCGGCGGAGCACGAGCUUCGGCUGGCCCAGACAGAGUUUGACCGACAGGCAGAAGUAACUCGCCUUCUCUUGGAAGGAAUCAAUAGCACGCAUGUCAACCACCUCCGAUGUCUCCAUGAGUUUGCAGAAGCUCAGACCACGUACUUCGCACAAUGCUACCAAUACAUGUUGGAUCUCCAGAAGCAGCUUAACAGGUUGCCGGGCACCUUUGUGGGCAACACGGAAUCCACUUCGCCCCCGCCCAACGCUGCUUCCCCGACAGCCAUGGUUGCUGCCACGGGACCUGCCGUGCCCACCCUCCCGGUGGUGACCACGAUCGCCGGAGCACCCAAUUCGGCUCCGGGGGUCGAAGCUCUGAAUCCCAGUGAGGUGAAGCCCCCCAGCAGUGGCACCCGGAAAGCCCGGGUGUUGUACGACUACGAUGCGGCCGACAGCAGUGAGCUCUCCCUACUUUCGGAUGAGAUGAUCACUGUGUACAGUCUCCCAGGGAUGGACCCCGACUGGCUGAUUGGAGAGCGGGGGAACAAGAAGGGCAAAGUGCCCGUCACCUACUUAGAACUGCUGAGUUAAGCCGGGCAAGGACUCCGCAAGCAAAUCACGAGGCCUCUUUCUUCUUCUUCUUCUUCGGAAAGGCUGAAACCGAUUCAUUCCGAGAUCCCGUGCUCUCCCUAUUUAUUAUUAUUGUUAUCGUUUGGGGUUCUUGGGAUGUGUGGAUCAAAGCCCCAAAGGGAUGGUGGUGAAUCACUUUCCCUUCUCCAGGAUUUCGGAGACCCCCCUCCAUUUAUCCUGGUUGGCUUUGAGGAUAUUUGGGAGCUGCUGCGAAGACGUGCCCAGCUCAUUGGGGGGAUGGUGGUGGGUCAUGAGGACUAGCCACUUUAGAGACCCUUCCUUCCUUCCUUCCUUCCUUCCCAUCUUCUAAUUUUUCCUUCCUCCUUCCGUUUCCAUCUUUCCUCCUUCUCUUCCUUCCUUCCCAUCUUCUAAUUUUUCCUUCCUUUCUCCCUCCGUUUCCAUCUUUCCUCC